AUGCCCUCCGUCACCGAGCAAGCGGAGGACCAUCGUCAACGACCUCCACAACCCCAUUCCCAAUCCUCCCCACCGCCUUCCUCUUCCUCCCUCAAGCGCCCACCUCUUCAGAACGCAACGCCCCCGACAAAGAUCGUCACUUCUCCCUCAUCACCUCCUAAAGCUUCCUCCUCACGAACAGCACAGAUGGGCGACCUAGCAUACCCGUUCUCGCCGCCGUCCCCGACAAACCGGGCCAACCUGUCGCCGACCAUUUCCCGGACCCGCAAGGGAAAGAUGAAGGCCGUUGAUCAGGACCCCGAAGUCGGCAGCGUCACCGUUUCACUUCGCUCCAAGUCUAGGGCCCGCCGCGGCAGCACCAUGGUUCCAGCCGAGGACGAAGUCGACGAGGAAUCGGAGGAGGACGACCAGGUCGAGGAACCCAACGGCCCAUCUUCUUCACGCUCCCCACUUCGACCGAAGACGUUCCGUGCGCGCGCCAACUCGCUACGCCUCCCGAACCAACAGCCCAACACAAGCGCCAGCGUCGGCAACAAGUUCUACCUGCCGCAUUACUCGACAGACGCCAAGUUCUCGCUUGCUAGGAGCAAGUCGAAGGAGCCGAGUCUCGACGUUCGGCUAGGUGGACGGCAUUUCGACAACAGCCUAGGUGAUGCCAUCCGGCGCGGCGCUAGUGGUGGGGGAGAAGUCGCUCUUCCGAAGUCUGCGCUGCGUGUUCUGUCUGAAGCGAAGGAGGACAUGGACCACUGCGCGCAGGUGAAGCAGACUCGAAAGGGCAGCAUUGGCAUGGGUCUGUUCAAGGAGACACGUAAGCCACAGGAACGUCGCCCGACCGUCGAACGAGAUCGAGAAGUCGAUUUGAAAGAAGAGCCUGAGCCGCCUGCGGACUGGAGUCACCUGAAGGAACCGGCCUGGACAAAGAAGGAGGAGAUCCUCACGGAGAGCCCAGCCUUGACCCCGUCCGAACUCGUGCCUCUCGAUCGACGACUCGAGGAAAUUCAGUCUGAGCACGACCUCACCUCCCCGCGCCGUUCAUCGACCCUCAACCGAGACGAGCAGCCGACGUCUUCGUUCGAGGAAGAGGACGACUGGUCGACCUCGAGCUCCUCCGACCUCGACUCGAUUCUGUCCAACUGGGGCAGCGAGACGGACACGGACGAGGAGCACAUUGCAGUGCCGCUGCAGCCAUACGGCCACAAGGUCGGCGGCCACAGCAGCAUCUACCAGUUCACCCGUGCCGCCAUCUGCAAGCCUCUCGUCGGCCGCGAGAACAUCAUCUACGAGGACAUCGAACGACUGGCCCCAGCGCUACUCCCCUUCAUCCCCCGAUACCUUGGGGUCAUGCUUGUUAAUUAUCGACGUUCGUGUCGCACGGUCACUGAGGGCUCGGGUACCCCAGCUGCUGAGCGCGAUCAGACGCUAUCCCCGUACGCAUCUGUGCCCCCCACACCAGCUGGACGGCCCGCGACGAUUAGGUCUGAAAUUUCCGACACGGAAAUGGAGGAGGUUCCGGAAGUCAUGCUCGACGUCAACCGACAUGUUGUACCGGACUGGCUGUUCAGGUCCACGGGUUCCGAGAGCCGUGGACGUCGAUCGCGCCGAAGCGGGGGUGAGGAUGAGACUGGUCCUCGCGGAACUUCGGCCAGAUCUUUCGGGUCGCAUCACGGCUCGUUCUCGCCCUCGAGCUCGUUCGGCCGCCUGUCCCUGCACGACCAAGACGGACCGACUUCGUCUUAUCACGGCACGGCUAUCCCCGCCCGACUUGGCCGUGAGGACCCGUGGACACCCGCGCACUCGCCCGCCAGUCCGCAAGCACGCUUCAAGGUUCCACAAUUGCAUCAUACCAGCUCGACGCCCGCCCUGAACCGACACAACCGGCUGUACGCCAGCAUGGACGGCUUACCGGGUACCGCCGGCGGUGGCGUCAACUCGCCUCACCCUCCGUUCUGCGGCACCGGCUCAACAACCGUGAACAAUAAGCUGAAGGACCACGUGUUUGCGUCGACCCUGAAGAGGCUGAAGAAGAGCCGGUCACACUCGCACAAGCACCUCGGGGACGACGACGCGGACGACGAGCAUGAGAAUGAUGGCCUCAGUGUCGAGUCGACGCCACGACGCCGGCCGCAUGGCAGUGGUGACUCUUCUUCGGACAAGCCCGAGGUCCGAAGGUCACGAAGCGAUGUGGUUGUCGGCGGUGAUAAUUACCACGGCGGGCGGAAGACGGGCGGUGAUGGCAGGCGGGACGACAGCUCCGAGCGCGGUGUUUUCGCUAUGGACGACGACCACCUCUCGAUGGGCCCUCCGCGCGGCACCCAGCGGCGCAUUGCAUCUUCGCGAUCCGAGGACGACCGAAUGGAGACGCUGUCCGUCAAGGGCAACGACUCUGUGCGCGCCGAGUCGCUCAAGGGUGAGGGUUCGCCCCUGCCCAACGGCGGCUCGUUCCCGCCGUCGCCGUCGAUUCCACCGUCCAUUGUCGACGACUCGAGCCGACAGGAGCUGUUCAUCUUCAUGGAGGACCUGACGGGACGACUGAAGAAGCCCUGCGUGCUCGACCUCAAGAUGGGAACGCGCCAGUACGGCUACGACGCGACACCUCUGAAGAAGCAGAGCCAGCGCAAGAAGUGCGAUGCCACGACGUCCCGCACGUUAGGCGUCCGCAUGUGCGGCAUGCAGGUGUGGAACAACGCGACACAAGAGUACAUGGCCAAGAACAAGUACAAGGGUCGUUCCCUUAAGACGGAGGACUUCCCGCGAGUCAUGAAGGCGUUCCUGUCUGACGGCGGGCGAAUGCUCAUCGACCAGGUGCCGAUCCUCAUGCAGAAGCUGUACACGCUUGCGGCUAUUCUGCUCAAGUUGAAUGGCUUCCGGUUUUACGGCUGCUCGCUGCUGCUCAUCUACGACGGCGACGCCGAGGUGCAGGAGCACUUCACGAAGCACGUGCGGUACCUGUCUGACCGGGGUGAGUUCCCAACUCAACGCACUGCUUCCCGUUCGUCGCACCCGCGCGACACGCAGAACCGGCGGUCGCGCUCUGUCGACGUCGCGCAACCCAAGGAUGGACGCAAGAUCCGCGGCGAGAUCGUCGUGCGCAUCGUCGACUUUGCACACACGACUACAGGCCAGGACAUUGAGUUCCCGUACCCGCCCAACAUCAAGGACCCCCCGAACCUCGGCAAGGGCUACCUGGCAAUUACGGAUCCGAAGACGGGUCUGCAGCUCGCGCGCUUCCCGCCCAAGUCGCCGACAAAGCCCGACCUCGGCUUCAUCUUUGGCGUGUACAACGUCAUCCGCUCCCUCCGCGCCAUCUACGAGGUGGAGUACGAGCAGCGCCAGGCCGCAGGCGAGGUCAGCAUGCGUCCCCUGCCGCAGUUUGCGCACGGCGACGUCUUCGACCAUUUGUUCACGGACGACUUUGACUGCUUUGACCAUGGCGAUCUCCUCCUCCCUCUUCUCUUCCCAGUCGGGGUCUCCCCGCUCGCUCGCAUGCUCAAGGUCGAACAAGCAAACCCGGUCUCCCAGCAUGCGGAUGAAUCGCCAUCCAAUACUCCCGUGUACCACCCCCAGUUCAUGCAGCCGCUUAUACAGGCCCACGAUCAUCUCUGCCAUCUUCCCAUCAUGUCUCUCGAUGCGGGUAAGCUCCCUCGCCUGGGCAUAAAGCAGCACAAGCAGCUGGGCGCGAUCAGGCUGCACCGAGCCAUACAUCCCCAACAGGCCCGGUGCCAUUCCCAGCUGUUCCAGCUUCUCGCCGAGCCUCAGCUCCCGAUCCACAGUGGCGAGCAGAGAGGGCAGCUCGGGGGAUUCGAACGUGGCAAGGUUGGUGAGCUUCACGAGCACGGGCGUGUCGCCCUGGUCGUUGGGGGUGAGGAGCCGAGUCAGGAUCGGUACGCCCAGUACAUCGCGCGCGACCUGCCGGAGACGUUGGACGGGAUGGGCCGGCCGGUCCAGGACGAGGCUGCAGUGCCGGAGACAGAGGAGGAACUGCCCGGGUACGAGGAGCCUGCGCCUGAGCCUGGCCCCGAGCCCGAGGGGCCGAAUGAGGGUCUCCUCGUGCGUCUGCGCAGGCGCCUCUCUCGCCGCGAGGAGAGCAGUUCCGAAACCCACGUCGAGGAGGUUGCGGCGUAG